GCUAGCUCAUUCAACUUUUGUGAUAUCUAAUCUUUGCGAGCUUAGAGAAUCAAUAGACUACGCGGAGUUUGAAUAAAAAUGAAAGAGAAAACGUUUGGUGUCAUUUGGUCACUCUAACCUUCAGCAAGACAAAGAAUGAUCGAAAGCACCCUUACGAAACAACUCCAAUAAACAACUUUGUUGUGUUUUUGGAUGCGAAAUCUACGAUGGCCAUCCGAUUCUUCCGCGCCUUGUCGAGAAAAAAGUUAGUGUCCAACGACGAAGAGAGUAAAUUGGCGAGAGUCCUGACACUGCUCGAUCUAACCGGAUUGGGCAUAGGAAGCACGCUCGGACUUGGUGUGUACGUCCUGGCAGGAUCCGUUGCAAAAACCGUAGCCGGGCCAGCAGUUUGCAUUUCCUUCUUAAUCGCGGCUAUAGCAUCAGCAUUUGCAGGUUUAUGCUACGCGGAAUUUGCGGCGAGGGUACCGAAAGCGGGAUCGGCUUACGUAUACAGCUACGUUAGCGUUGGCGAAUUUGUGGCGUUUGUCAUCGGCUGGAAUCUGAUUCUGGAAUACGUCAUAGGUGGGUUUGCGAAUUUUCGUCGGGUAGUAAAAAUAAACAUUUAUGGGUUUUUUCGCGUAUGCAAAUUUUAAUGACGGUCGAUUACUGCAUCUCUCGGCAAAACUGGUACCUAUUAAAUUAAUUCGCCCCAAAUUGCUUGAAGGUAAGACUAAUGUUUGGAAUGGUAAUGCAUCGCAUAAGAAAUAAUUGACUACGUAACCGCGUGUUUUCCGUGUAGGUAAUUGGUUGUAAUGAAUAAAUAUAUCGUCACAUUAAAGAAACCAAGGAGAAAAUAAUAAG